UCACUGUGAAGAGUGAAGAUGAUGAAGAGGAAGCUCAGUGCUCACAGCUUCAUCAGAGCCAAACUGAGGAGAACAGAGAGGCAGAGCCUCCAGCCAGCAGCUCCACUGAACAGAUGAAAACAGAAGCUGAUGGAGAGGAACCAGCCAGGAACUCAGAUCCAGCUGCUGAUUUCCAAGCAACUAGUGAGGGCCAGCUCCUCUCUUCACACUCUUCUGAAGCUGAGACUGAUGACAGUGAUGACUGGGAGGAGAGCAGAGAGCCUCAGUCAGGUUCAAACCCACAGAGUGAACUCCUUUUCAGUGAUGAUGGAUCUGAUGAUGCAGAGAAACCAUCUUCCUGCUCUGUGAACAAGAACACAGGAGAGAAAGUCUGGAGCUGCUCUCUUUGUGGUAAAAGCUUUACACGAAAAGAAACUUUAACCAGACACGUGAAGAUGCACAAGGGAGAGAAACCAUUCAGCUGCUCAGUGUGCGGUAAAAGUUUUGCACAUAAACAUCACUUCAACACGCACAAGAGAGUCCACACAGGAGAGAAACCAUUUCACUGCUCUGUCUGUGGUAAAGGUUUUACACAGAAACAAACCUUCAUUACGCACACGAGAAUUCAUACAGGAGAAAAACCGUUUAGCUGCUCUGUCUGCGGUAAAGCUUUUAUACGGAAAAGUCACUUUAACACACACUUGAGAAUCCACACAGGAGAGAAACCAUUCAGCUGCCCCAUCUGUGGUAAAGGUUUUACGGUGCAGCAAAAUGUCAAAACACACAUGGUGAUCCAUGCAGAAGAGAAACCAUUACGCUGCUCAGUCUGCGGUAAAGGGUUCACACGGAAAAGCAACUUCAACACUCACAUGAGAAUCCACACAGGCGAUAAACCGUACAGCUGCUCGUUCUGUGGUAAAACCUUUAGUGUAAAAAGUAAUUUAAAGGCUCACAGGAGAGUCCACACAGGAGAGAAAGCGUUCAGUUGCAGUGUGUGUGGGAGAAGUUUCAGCGGGCGUGCGCACGCUACAGGCCAUAAGUGUGUGUGUGAGAGCAGCAGGUGAAGCUACAGAGCUGCUGGCUGAACAUGUGAGUACUGCUCACACACACACACACACGUGUUCAUACUGACUGAUGUAGUCCACACUGCUAUACUCUUCUUUACAUCUCUACAUGCCACCACCUGAAGGACAAUGAGAAAAAAGACUCACUAAAUAAUAGCAAUAACGAGAAUAAAACUGAUAGUGAUCCUUCUUUGUAUUGAACAUCAGCUGACUCCACUGUUCAGUUUUCUUAUUGAUAUAUUUUACUGCAUUUUCUCUUUUAAAAUAUUGUCUGUGAUAUACUUUUGCUGAUAAUUUCAUUCUCAUUACCAUCAUUCAGCAUCCUUUCCAUUUUACCGAGCUCCGUCAUCAGUGCUGAUGCGAUUGUUAAAGUCCCCAUGAAAUGAUGUCACAUGACUUUUACUUCCUGUGAAACAGAGCGUCUUAAACAGUGGCAUCAUCCUGCACUAGUGGCUGUAAAUUGAAAUUUCAUCCAGUAAAACCUUCACACAUCCCCUCCCAUCCACCUGUCCCUUCAAAAUAAAAGUGUUCCUCUCCCAAACUGAGAUCCUGUUGGUUUUGCGCCUGUGAAUGACCCUCCCCUGCACCCUGUCCCACCCAAACCUCCUGUUUCAAGAGGAAAUACGUCAAAUCAAGAAAGUAAGAGUCCAUUUCAUGGGGUCUUUCACUACUGCAACAAGGCUUUGCCAGAAUAUACUGAUCUGUACUUGGUGCCAAUAAAACUCGUUGAUCUGAAAA